AAGGCUACCGACAACAUGGUGAAGACGGCCAGAGAAAAGCUGAGACAUUAUUCCUGCAUGGCUGGAGACAUUGAUCACGAAGACAUCACGAGAGACAAAACCAGCACACUGAAGGCCUGUUUACCACUGGAACUAGUCAAGAAUGAGAGUUGCCUGGCUACUAGAGAGACUUCCUCCACAAUAAGAAGGAAUUGCCUGCCCCCACAAAAGACUUCUUUGAUGAUGACCCUGUGCCUUAGUAGCAUCUAUGAGGACUUGAAGAUGUACCAGACAGAGUUCCAGGCCAUAAACAAAGAGCUUCAGAGUCAUAAUCAACAGCAGAUCACUCUGCACAAGGACAUGCUGGCAGCCAUUGAUGAGCUGAUGCGGACUCUGAAUCAUAACGGCGAGACUCUGCCCCAGAUACCCGCCUGGGAGAGAGCAGAUCCUUACAAAGUGAAAAUUAAGCUCUGUAUUCUACUCCACGCUUUCAGCAUCCGCGUCACGACUAUCAACAAAGUGAUGAGCUAUUUGAAUUCCUCCUGAAAGGCUCAAGUCCUUCCCCCAUAGUGCCC